AUGCUACGUACUAUCGCUUUAUUUGCCGGCUAUGCUCUGGCCCAGGAAUAUCGGCCAGUAGUUCCACAUGGUCGCGAGGAACAGCUGAGACAGAACGCGUAUGUAGAUGUUAUCAGCACAGUUGUCGCUCCUGCCACUCAGGUUUUUCAUACUACAACUGAUGUUUGGGUAGAAGUUUAUCCACCUGUUACCACUGAAGAUGUUACAGUGUUUGUUCCGCCGCCUACGCACACUGACGUUUAUUGGGAUUACGAUGACGAUGACGACGAUGUCUAUGAAACUACAGUAGUCGUUACUGCCCUCCCUGGGUAUUCCACUACUUGUGAGACUAGUACUGAUUACGUCGAUAAGACCAUUGUUGUUCCACCGGCUAUCACAUCGACCUCUGACCAGUCAACCACGCUUCCUCCGGUUGAUACUACGACAGGAGAAGGUAGCACUACUGACUUGACCGACCUUACAACCUUCCCCAUAACGACAGCUACAACUGAAUCAACAAGUGAGUCACAGACUGUGCAUACGACCGUACCAUCGACCGUGCCAACCACCGAUUCCACAUCCGGCGUGACUACCGAAUCUACGACUGACGUAACAACCGGUACUACAACUGAUUCAACUUCUGAAACUACAACUAAUCCAGCAACCGACACAACCCCGAGUGCUAGUACAGAAGUUGAGACGACAACUUCAAAUGCUCUACCUUCCACUAUUUUGCCAAAGGCAUCUACUCCAGCUCCGCCCGCAAAGUCAACACCUCCACCUUUCACUCCGACUCUACCACCUCAGGCAGAAAACUCUGAUAUCAUUCCCGCCAAUGGCGCAUACAACCUGCAGCCUCUGGGCUCUGCACUCUACUUCCUCCUGGGUAUUCCACUCUUGUUUUGA